ACUGAAGCCAGCAGACGAGAGGCCGACGGACCCGGCUCAGCAGAACUAACCGAGAACCAGACAGGAACCUGAAGUGGGACAGGAAACGGAGCUGAAGCUGUGCGGGAACACGAGGCCUCUGUGAGUCUGAGGAGAAACUCAAACCUUAUCACAGGACGUACGGAAAGUCCCAGGACGGGUCAGAGAUGUCCCCGUCCUGAGCCCCGAGCAGACCUCCUGGAUUCACUCGCUGCUCUGCACAGAAACAGGUCUCUCCCUCCCUCUCCCCCCUCCCCCAGCUCCAUCAUGCCCAUCCUCAAAAACCUCCCAGUGCGCCUAAAAGGCGGUCCGACUCUAGACAACGCCCUAUUCAUCCGCAGGAUGAGCCUCAACAUCACACCCCGCCAUCAUAACCCCUUUGACAAUGAUGACGACAGUAUCCAUGGUAACGGGGGCCAUGGCAACCACUGGUCACCCGGCAGCUCGCUGCUGGACGGUGAUGUGCCGAGGGACCGCAACCCAUUUGAGGAUGAGGAGGAUGAGAACGAGGCCAACGAAGGGAAAAAAGGAAGCGGAGGAGGUUCGGUGAAGGGUUCCUUCAAGUUCAUGUCCCCACUGAAGAGCCUCGGGAAGCUGGGGAAGAACCUGAGGAUGUCAGGAAAGAGCGCCACGCUCUCACCACAAGGGUCGCUGCAAGGGUCGCCCUCACCUUCCCAGAAGAAAAAGAGAGGAAGGAGGAGUUCUGAAGGAAGUCUGCUCAGGUUUGCAGGAAAAUAUCGUGACCCCUCCCGUAAGGAAACGUUUGCCAACGGCGAGGUGAACUGUUCGGAAAGCGAGGCCGAUUCGACCAGCCGCCGCGUGUCCUUCAUGAGGAUGGUGGGCCUGGGGAAGACGAAGAAGGAGUCCAUGACUGACCAGUCGUCCCAGGGUCCCGAGGACCAGUCGGUGCCGGUGGAGGAGGUUAAACCCAGAGAGCCACUGUCAGUCCUGGAGAUCCUGCAGCUGGUGAAGAAGCGGGACCUGCUCCUGGCCGACACCCACAUCCUGGAGCUGGAGCAGGAGUGCAACGAGCGAGCUGCUGCGAUGCAGCCCGAGGACGCGGCGAGCCCGAGCGCCAAAGAUGGCGGGCGGAGGAAGGCGAAGGAUGUGGAGCUGCUGUACGAGGAGCUGCAGAAGGAGCUGUGGGCCGUGGUCAGGGAGUCCCUGAAGUCUCCGACAGCCGGGCCCAAUCUGGGUCUGGUGGUCCAGGUGCUGCAGCAGGAGGAGCAAGUUGACAAAGACUGGGAAGUCAGCGAGGGAGCGGCCCCAGGAGGCCCGAGGCCUCGUCGCCUGAAGCAGAGGUGGAAGGAGGCGGUGGAGGAGGCGGCUGACGACUCUCUGCCUCAGACCACCGAGUUCACAGCCGGAGAACUGAACAAGUACCUGGACCAGCUCCGAACCCGGGUGGUGGAAGACCUGGGGGCCGCCAAGAGGAACGCGGUGUCCAUCUAUCCUGAAGAGUACCAGCCCUUCCAGGUGUACGUACAGAGCUACCACCAGGCGGUUGCACGGCGACUGAAGACCAUCACUGACAACCAGCUGCAGAUCACAGACAUCUACUCCCUGCUGGACUGGCUGCACAACAUGUACAACAGGGAUGUUCUGGGGACUGUAUGCAUCACAAGUCCAUUCAACCACUCUCAGCUCAGUCCUCUGCUGCCGUCAGAGACCGUGGACAGACUGGAGCUCGACUGUCUUAACUCGGUCCGGGCUAAAGUGACCACAGAGCUGAGUCAGGUCCUGGACGACGAGGAGAAGAGAUGGAUGGAGACGCUGCAGAUCGAGGAGUACCAGAUCACUCUGGCCAAGACGGUCAUAGAGAGGCUGCAGGUCGAUCUGGAGCGUUCGGCCUCCAUCAACAGAAGUCUAGGCUCCAGAGUGGCGCAGUGCAGCAUCAACGGCCUCGCUGACUUCCUGUACAGCUUCCAGCGGAAAGUUGAGAUGUUCCAUGAAGGGAUGCAGGCUGGGAUGUUCGGAGACCACCAGGAUGGAUACGUGUCAAGAACCAUCGCCCUGGUCAACUGCUGCCCUCCAUUCAGAGGUUUCGUGCAGCGCUGCGCUCAGUGUGAUCCGUCAGUUAGCGAGGACUCUCUGCGUCGAGCCAACAAGUCUCUGGAUCACAUCGUCCAGCAGGGAGUCAAAGUGCUGUCUGACCGGCUCUACCUGCACAUCAGGCCUUUUUUCGAGCGCCUGGUGAAGAGGAAGUGGCUGACCAACGCGGAGCCGUAUGAGCAGAUCGAGGCUCUCAUCAAAGAGGCGUUCAAGAAAUACAGCCAGAUGGACAGUCCUCCGUAUCAGCUGCUGGUGUCGGAGAUCCACCGUCGGGUGGUGACGGAGUACCUCCGCUCAGUCAUGAGAGGCAGAAUCAUCUGCACCUCCAUGAAGAUGAGGAAGAGGAUGGCUGGUCGGCUUAGAGAUGAAGGCAACCAGAUCAAAGUCCUCUUCAAAGACCUGGAGUCUUCCUCCGGUUGGCUGGACAGCGCUCUGUGUCACAUCUCUGAGAUCAUCCAGCUGGAGGACCUCCCCUCCAUCCAGAUGGAGGUCGGAGUUCUGGUCCGAGAGUUUCCAGACAUCAGGAAGAAGCACGUGUCAGCCAUUUUGAACAUCAGAGGGAUGACUCGGCAGGCAGAGCGUCAGGAGAUCCUCAACAUCGUCAAAGACAUCGAGACCAGCGACAGCGGCCCGGCGACGCUCUCCCGGGACCGUGCCCUCUUCGCCGAGGUGCCGGUCACCUCUGAGGUCCACUGCCUGAACGUCGGCUUGAGCCGCAUCGCCCUCACCGCCUCUUCCUGCUUCACCACGCUGCGACCGCGCAGACGCAAAACCCGAACGCCCGUCCAGGAAAACCCUGACGAUGCUCUCUGAAGAUCCUGCUUCAGUGGCUUUUAUGACUUUAUUAACACAGUUUAGUCAUAACAUUUUCCAAAUCUCAGUGUGAGGAUGUAGACGCAGACACUGACAGGAUUUAAAAUACGAACGUGUCACAGCAUUUCUACCGCGUGGCCUCACAGCUGUGCCACUGUGACGGAUUUAGACCAUCAGAAAUCAAAGUUUCUAUUCUCUUGUUGUGUUUAAGAAGCAAAAGGAGGAAGAUUAUGGACUCUACUGUGAGAUCAGCUUUUAAAUCGCUUUGACUUAUUUACUUUUUACCUUUGAGGGAUCCUGCUGAGAGGAAACCUGGACAGAAAUCGCUGCUGGAUGAGGAGGGAUGAUGGCGAGCUGAGGAGAAACUGGACUGAAAACAAGGCGGUGGAUUGGAUGUCUGCAUUUGAUGACUGUUGGAUAAGCAGAAGAAUCAGUGCUAAAUCACCCAGUGACUGAGUUAGGACAGGAAAUUAUUUCUUUGAUUGGCGGUUUCCUGCAGGAACACAGAGAGGUGAGGAAGCCGGGUAUGUGCGGACAGGAAGGUUCAGCUCGGACCAUCAGGACUGCUGAGGUGUCCCGUUACUUUCUGCACAGACUGGAAGCAGCAGCUCAGACUGAAUGUGGAUGGGCUGGGACCUUGUUAGAAAUAUGAGUCUGGGUCUGAACCCCAGAACAUGGAGAAAAUUCUCGACAUGAGCAUCUUAGUUUUGUUGCACAUGACGAAAGAGAGUUUGAAUCACAGGUACUAGACGAUGAUCUGAGUCUCUGUCGCGCUGACUGUAUUUAAAGCAGUGAUUCGAGUCAAAGCUUUGUGGUGUGAUGACGUUUAUAUUGUGUCUUAUUCUUUAUUUGAUUCAUGUUAAGAUGUGGGGAAAUCAGAGGGCUCACUCUUAGGGGCUAAACCUUUCAUAUAUUAAUUGUUGUACUCUGCACUUCCUUCCAUUGCAGCGUUUUGGUCUUACAGCAGGAAGUCCAUUAUUCCAUAACUGUUCAUCUCCUCUUUUAUUGCAUUCCCAUUUCUCAGCUGAUUAGAAGCGGUUAGAUUAGAACCGCUUUUCUCUUCUGCUCUUGUAAAUGUGGAUGUAUGUAAUGAAUCUUUCUGUACAGAGAUCAGUUUAAAUAACAAU